AACAUCUGAUGUCAAAGAUCGCUGACACAGUUGUUUUGGAGGAAGUGACAAGAGACUGAAAACGAAAGAAAUAGGCCCUCUUCAAGUAAACAAGCAGGGAUUCCUUUCGCUUAAUAAUUGCUCUUACUUUGGAAACACAAGUGGCCACCUAGUAGUAUUGAAAAUAUAUUGCGUUAUAAUUAAAGAGACGUGCGUUCUGACUGCAACUAACCACCACUGGUGGCACCAGCCAGUUUCCGUCCAAUCUCGGCAACUAGCUAGCUAUCCAGCUAGCCUAGGUUGGGGGGCAGACAGACGCAAUUGAAUUCAUCUGUUUUUCAUCCAGCGCGACAAAAGGCCCAUUUUGACAUUCUUUAAUAUACCAUCCAUUGGUUCUGGUUGAUCAAGCUGUGGCACAAUGACGUCUAGGAAGAAAGUACUACUUAAAGUCAUCAUCCUGGGAGACUCUGGAGUUGGGAAGACCUCUCUGAUGAACCAGUAUGUGAAUAAGAAGUUCAGUAACCAGUACAAAGCCACAAUUGGAGCUGAUUUCCUGACGAAAGAAGUGAUGGUGGACGACAGGCUUGUCACCAUGCAGAUCUGGGACACAGCGGGGCAGGAGAGGUUCCAGUCUCUGGGCGUGGCAUUUUACCGCGGGGCAGACUGUUGCGUGCUGGUGUUUGACGUGACCGCCCCCAACACCUUCAAGACCCUAGACAGCUGGAGGGACGAGUUCCUCAUACAGGCCAGCCCCCGAGACCCCGAGAACUUCCCCUUCGUGGUGCUAGGCAACAAGAUUGACCUGGAGAACAGACAGGUGACGACUAAACGAGCACAGGCCUGGUGUCAGAGCAAGAACAACAUCCCCUACUUCGAGACCAGCGCAAAGGAGGCCAUCAACGUUGAACAGGCUUUCCAGACUAUUGCACGCAAUGCUCUUAAACAGGAGACAGAGGUGGAGUUGUACAAUGAGUUCCCUGAACCGAUAAAGCUGGACAGGAACGAACGUUCCAAGCCAUCAGCGGAGGCCUGCAGCUGCUGAGGUCCUAGCAGACUUACUGUCGGCCCUGCUACCCUGUCUUGCCUUGUCUAACCCCUAUGCCUCACUGUGUGCUCCCCUUUGCCCAAUAUUAUCACUGGCCUUCGUAGAUGCGAGUUCCGCUCGAAAAGUACUUUAUACACAUGCUGCACUCACACCCCAGUGUACACAUAACACACUUACUCUCAAGAUAAGUCUCCAAGCCCAAAGAACACCCAGAUGGAUAUUAGAGCAUUUAUUAACCCGAUAUCUGCUUAGUAUUUCCCCCUUAACUGUCUCAUGACGCAAAUACCUUUUUUUAUAGACACCAUUGUUUCCAUGGCACCACCCAACCUCACACACAUGCAUACAUACAGAAAUAAAAUCCUAUGACAUUUUAAAGGGGGGGUUAGUUCCAGUGGUAAAGGAGGUUGUGAAGGAUCAGAAUGAUGAAUUUAUAUAUAUAUAUGUGUGUGUGUGUCAUGCCAAUGUACUGCCCAAAGAUACAUGUGUUAAUUGUCUUGGAAGUGAACUAGCAAGUCCAACAUACGAGUGUGUUGUUCAAGGCAUUUUCUUUGCACUUUGUCAUGUAGACUUAUUAAAAUCCUGUUUGACACCUCAUUUUGGAGCCACAAUAAAAAACAAACAUUUUAAGUCGAGGCUGAAGAGGCAGUGUGGAUUUUAACUCUACUGUCCCCUAACAGCUCGACACAUGCUUUGUUUCUCAAUUGGAAAAGUCGAGCAGCAAAUUGUCAACAUUCUGCGACCUGACACAAG